GCAGCCUCGCCACUGAUGAGCAUCAGUGACGUGGGAAAUGUCUUUCCCGAAAGCAUAUUAUUCAGAAUUGGAUUCAUAGGGACGUCCAUUGGCACUUUGGUACUAACCUUUCUUAUUUAUAAGUAUAUGGUUAUGCAUACUGAAGAGUUCAGGGGUCAUCAGGUCCUGAUCCAGAGGAUCCUGCUGGCCAUUGUGUGGGCCUCCUGUUUUUCCACAGCUGUUAUGCAUGUAUUGUCCCCCGAAGAAUAUCCCAGGAUACACUUUGUCAGCACGAUAAUUUCCAUUACAUGUGAAGCCUUAUACUACCUUGGGCAGUCCAUCCAGGUGUAUAACUUACCAGGAGCAAAAAAAGUCAUCCACCAUAGUAGAUGCACCUGCUGUGGCCUGACUUUUGUCUGUGUAGUUUUCUAUUUUGGAUAUGAAACAUUAAAGGAAUUAUUCCAUAAUGAUGAAGACUGGGACGAGAUCCGUGAAAUCCCCAUCAUAAUCAUCGAGUGGGUGAUGCUUCUACUGAUCCUGAUGAACAUCGUGACCUAUUAUUCCACCAUGCAGAGGUUAUUGUUGACCGUCUCCAGAAACAGCUGCACACUCUCUCUUAGAGUAAAAAUUGAUGACUUCGGGGUGUAG